AUGCCAGACCCGCCCGCGUUUUACGAUCCAGCCUCCCUCAACGAACAAGCCCCGCCGCUUCCUUCUGUUCCCCUCCAAAAGCUCUCUCCCGAGGCCGUCUUGCAACCGCCACUAUCCCGUCGCGGCACUGGACCCGGUCUCAUCCUCCUUCUCCCCGAAAACAUAGCAAGGACCAAGCGUAAAGACAAGCCACUGGACCCCGAACCCAUCCAAAAAUGGGCCGAAGAAGGCUUUGCGGUUGUUGGAAUCACGGCCCUAGCCACUGCUAUCCAGGCCAUCACAGACGCAGUCGAAGCUUUGAAGAAGCAUGACAGGGUCGAUACCAAGGAUAAAAUCGGCAUCAUAAUAUAUGAUUCUCCCCAGCACGCACUCACAUCUCGGCUGCCCCCGGAAAUUGCGUGUAUAGCCACAUUCACCGAGCCCUUCCCAUCGCAAUCCCAUAUCCCUACGUACUUUCACACAUGCAACACUCCAGAGGACUAUGCAAAGACCAAUAAUGUGACAGUAUCAACGUAUCCCAAUACCCAAAGGCACUUCAUCCUACCCAACUCAGCGACUUAUGACCCCCCCGCUGCAAGUAUCGCACACUCUCGAAAUUUGGUGUUUUUGAAGAAACAUAUAGGAGGCCCGGUGUUUGACAUUGAGGCCAUUUGGGAGGAUCAUACCUACUGGGAGUUUGAGAGGAGGAGCGUGGCACAGACAAUGGCUACCAUGGUCGCCGAGCCAUAUGUGAACAAUGUCCCGACGAUGACGGGCGGAAUGGGGCGAGCGGCCCUGACAAACUUUUACAGAGACCAUUUUAUUUUCUGUAACCCGCCAGAUACCGCCCUCGAACCGGUUUCCCGAACCAUCGGCCCUGACAGAGUAGUCGACGAGUUCAUCUUCUCGUGCAAGCACACGUUGCACAUCCCGUGGUUGGUCCCCAAUAUCCCCCCUACCAACGUCAAGCUAGCUAUCCCCAUGCUCGGGGUGAUCAACUUCCGCGGCGACAGGCUAUACCACGAACACAUAUGGUGGGAUCAGGGGACGGUGCUUCGGCAGCUGGGGCUGCUGCCGACUCAUGUACCCGGGCCCGAGGGGGAAAUGCUGAGACUCCCCGUGGCUGGCGCCGAGUGCGCGAGGUUGCUGGCUGAUGAGACAGAUGGCAAGAGCAACGAGAUGAUUGAGAGGGCGGACUAG